CACCCGUUCAUUCAAGCGUCUUUUAAGAUCAAGCGCUCACAUCUGCAUCCGGUGCUAUGUCCAUCUUCCUAUAAGUAAGGACUACGUUGAUGGUUAUGGCUAAUAUUUGACGGGUUGCUGCACUCCCUACCCACUCUGCACGUUCCAUUCAGUCUACCCUUGAACUCGAUGUUAUCAACUCAUCCAGCAUGUUCGCAGGUUAUAGAGCAGCGCCUAUUUCUAGGAUGGACUUUUGUUUUCCAGGAGGUACCCGUUGACAUCAAACAGCCGACAGGAUGCAUAUGAUGGGUGUUACCACCAUCCUCCCCUCUCAAAUCCACGUCUACAUCAGAUGUCUACAUCCCCGGACUUCGUGUCGCACAACCUUGAGUAUCGACACGGUCUUUGAGGCACGCAACUGCGAUCCAUCGAAUCUACCAUCAUAUCAACUAGAACUUGUCUUACGGAAAUGGUAUCCUAUGGACAGGAGCCGCGAGUUCAGGUGUUUCGUUCGCGAAGGAAUCAACGCGAAUUUCAACAACCUCGUGAACAGCCCAAAACACAACAAGUUCGUAGAGACGCUUCAGCAUUUUUGGAAGAAAAAGAUCAAGCCCAAACGGCGUGGACAACAAGACUACAUUUUUGAUGUGUUGAUGACGCGUGAUCUGUCUCGGGGACACGUCCUCGACUUCCACCCAUAUGCACCCCCUCCUAUUCACCUAUGGAAAGCUUACGUGGGGAUUUAGCUCAAGGAGUUUAUCAUUGAUAUCGAUGAGGUUGA